UCAAACUGAAGCAAGAAAUGUUUUGAUGCCUAUCAACGACAAAAAAACACUUUAUGACAUGUCUGAGAACUUACAACAAACAUGAAAAAAUGGUCACACUUCUGUAUGCCUUUCUUCACAUGAGACACAGCUUGAAAUAUUUUGAUAAAAUGAGAUGCCUGCGGAAACGAUCAGCAGUGUCAUUCUUAGGAGUCCUUGUCAUUUGCUUGCUGUUUAUGAACUUGUACAUUGAAGACAGCUAUGUUUUGGAAGGGGACAAGCAAUUAAUCAGAGAAACAGCCACGCACCAGCUCAACCCAGAGCGCUAUGUUCACACUUUUAAAGAUUUGUCUAAUUUCUCAGGAUCUAUAAACAUUUCCUAUCGCUACCUAGCUGGCACGCCUUUGCCAAGGAAAAGGUAUCUUACAAUUGGGCUAUCCUCUGUGAAACGGAAAAAGGGUAACUACUUGCUUGAGACCAUCAAGUCCAUAUUCGAGCAGUCAAGUUAUGAGGAACUCAAAGAAAUCGCAGUGGUAGUGCAGCUGGCAGAUUUUGACUCAGCCUGGUGUGAAGGAAUGGUCCAAGAUAUUUCACAGAAAUUUGCACAUCACAUAAUUGCAGGCAGAUUAAUAGUUAUUCACGUCCCUGAGGAGUAUUAUCCUGUACUGGAUGGCCUCAAGAGAAAUUACAAUGACCCAGAGGACCGUGUGAAGUUUCGAUCCAAACAAAAUGUAGAUUAUGCUUUCCUUCUGAAUUUUUGUGCUAAUCUUUCUGACUAUUAUGUGAUGCUAGAAGAUGAUGUUCGCUGUUCAAAGAAUUUUUUGACUGCUGUUAAGAAAGUAAUUACCUCACGAGAAGGAUCCUACUGGGUGACUUUAGAAUUCUCCAAGCUGGGGUACAUUGGAAAGCUUUACCAUUCCCAUGACCUUCCACGCCUGGCCCAUUUUUUGUUGAUGUUUUACCAAGAAAUGCCUUGCGAUUGGCUGCUCAUCCACUUUCGUGGGUUGUUAGCUCAAAAGGAAGUGAUACGUUUUAAGCCAUCUCUGUUCCAGCACAUGGGAUACUACUCAUCUUACAAAGGAGCUGAAAACAAGCUAAAGGAUGAUGAUUUUGAAGAGGAAUCAUUUGACAUCCCUGACAACCCACCUGCAAACUUGCACACCAACAUGAAUGUAUUUGAAAACUAUGAGGCAAGCAAGGCUUACAGCAGCAUUGAUGAGUACUUCUGGGGCAAAGCUCCUUCUACUGGAGACUUCUAUGGGAUUGUAUUUGAAAAGCCCAUUAAAAUCAGUAAAAUUAAAGUUGUCACUGGAACUGAAGACCGGCAAAAUGACAUUUUGCAUCAUGGAGCCCUGGAAGUAGGAGAAAAGAUUGUAGGGAGUAAAAAAGGAAGAAAAUGUACUACCUACUUGAGACUAGGGGAAUUCAGAAAUGGGAAUUUUGAAAUAACAGAUGUAGAGCACAAAGUUCUGUUUGAUAUUAACUGCAUGAGAAUACUUGUUACCAAAAGUCAAAAAGAAUGGCUGAUCAUUAGGAGCAUUAGCAUCUGGACUUCUCAAACACCAAAUCAAUAAAGCAAAGCACAGAGUGCAUACAGUCAGCUGGGUCCCAGUUGGUGCCAUUCCCCAGAAAAACUGACAUUUUCAACACUUCACUAGAGACACAGAAAAUCUGGGGAAAUCACAAAACAAGCAAAGCAAUUUAUUUUUUACUAGUUUGGCCAGGCAAUAUACAAACACUUUGUUGAAAAUUUUGAAUUUUAUAAGAAAUGCAAAGUUCUCAAACCUCGCUUGAGAUCUUGAAUCCCCUUUUUUUUAUUAUUUCUCUGUUAGAGAGAUCUUCUGGACUAAACAGAACAAAACAUCCUAUAAUUACCAAAAGGUUUAAAGCUAUGACCAGUACGUUGUGAAAAGAAAUAAGAAAUUGGAUUGCACCUUACGCACAUAUAAAUUUAAAAUGUUAUCAUAGUAUGCAUUUGUACAAUAGUUGUUGGUAUGUUUCUUUUAAAGGCAGUUGUGACACGGAAAUCAGUCCUGAAAGUGGCAGUUUCAUUCUAAGCACUGUAAGAAAAUUGUGUGGCUAAUCAUUGCAACUUCUUUUCAAAAGGGAAUGUAUGUAAAAUUAUAAAUCUGACAUGACAACUAUGUAAAAAAUAGAUAAUUGCAUCUGUUAUUCUGUCUCAUCAAAUAUCCUUUGUUCUUUCUCCUGGGCCCUUUCACUGAAACAAGCACUACCUGGAUUCUGUAAUAUUUAGGGGACCAAUUUACUCCCCUUAUUGGAACAAAAUGCCUCACAGUAAGCAAGCAUUCUGCUUGAGUACAGAUGUCACUAUCAAACACAAGCAUCUCAAGGGCAACCACUGUUCUCUCAGACAGGCAUCUUAACAGAUCUCAGCUUCAACAUUUUCCAUUCCUUCACAAUAUGCAGAACCCCCCAUGAGAAAUUUGCACAUAGCCGAAUACUACAACAUGCUUUCCAACAAAUGGUAUGCCUUCCAUGUCUACAUGUCCAGCCCAUGUAUGAUACAAACGUAAUGUGUACCGGGUUAAUCAGUUGGAGGUGAAUGUAACCACCAGUCUUUCCUGGAUGAUCUCUAGCCAACAGAGCAGACACAAAAAGAAGAAUCUUGAUUCAAUGAAAAAUCAGUAUGUUUCUAAAUAUUUUUUUAAAAGUUUUCUAAUUCUGAUCAUGUUACUUCUGUAGACAUUUUCCGCUGCCUCUGGUUAUUCCCUGAAAGCUUAUUUUGCCUGACUUUAACCAAUAAGCAAAAAAGUUCCCUCAAUCAUUACUUCAGCGUCGGCUCUCAGCCUGUAGCGCAUCACAGAGGGAGGCUGUAUAGA